AUGUAUGCUGUGACUAUUAGUGAUGAGGGUGACUGUUACCGGUGUUUUCCGCCUGACCCAGGCAUAGAGGCUGCUGCUCCAGGUGCCAGUGCGUCUGCCGCCCCAGGUGCCGGUGAGUCUGCGCUCUCAGGUACUGCGUCGUCACCGGACACCCACACCUUCACCCUUGACUCGGGUGCUUCCCGCUCCUUCUUUCGAGACUGCACCACUCUCACGCCGCUCAGUCGGCCCGUUGCAGUCUCCCUGGCAGACCCCUCUGGGGGUCCUGUCCUUGCCCACUACUCCACUGUCCUACCGUGUCCAGCAGUCCCGUCUGGCUCCCUGUCGGGUCUUUACCUCCCCUCGUUCUCUACGAACUUGGUGGCAGGUGCUGACCUACAGGAUGCAGGAGUUGACCAGUUCACCCCUGCUCGUCAGCGGGUGACCCACUGCACGUGUGCGGACACGUUUACCCGUCGGCCGGGGUCGAGCCUGUACACACUGACUACUGAGUCUGCUCAGGUAGCAGCGUCGGGUCAGGUGUUUGCUGCGGCGUCCAGGUCUGGUCCUGAGUCUGCCCCCUGCUCGUGUCAUCUCCUGUCCCACCGGACUCUCCUUUGGCACCACCGCCUUGGUCACCCCUCCCUGCCUCGUCUUCGAGGCAUGGCGUCCCGUCUUCUUGUCUCUGGCCUCCCCCGGUCCCUCCCUCCCCUUCCUCCGGGGCCUGCCCCCACCUGCGUUCCCUGCGUCGAGGGGCGGCAGCGCGCUGCCCCUCACUCCUCCGAGUUUCCUCCGACAGAGGCUCCGCUGCAGACGCUUCACAUGGACGUGUGGGGCCCAGCCCGCGUCCGUGGACAGGGUCACGAGCGUUACUUCCUGCUGGUGGUUGACGACUACUCGCGUUACACCGCAGUCUUCCCCUUGCGCAGCAAGGGUGAAGUCACUGAGGUGUUGAUCGCCUGGAUCCGCGCAGCUCGUCUCCAGCUCCAGGAGAGUUUCGGCACGGACUUUCCUGUUCUUCGUUUGCACUCUGACAGAGGCGGAGAGUUCUCCUCUGACCUUCUGCGGGCCUUCUGUCGUGCACGAGGCAUCCGCCAGACCUUCACGCUUCCGGACUCCCCGCAGCAGAAUGGGAUUGCUGAGCGCCGCAUUGGCAUGAUCAUGGACGUCGCUCGUACGUCCAUGAUCCAUGCGGCUGCUCCCCAUUUUCUGUGGCUGUUUGCGGUCCGGUACGCCGCGCAUCAGCUCAACCUUCACCCCCGGGUCUCCAUGCCGGAGACCUCCCCUGCUUUGCUGUGGACGGGGAAGGCUGGCGAUGCGUCUGCGUUCCGUGUCUGGGGAUCUAGGGCGUUUGUCCGCGACUUGUCUGCGGACAAGCUGUCCUCUCGUGCCGUUCACUGCGUCUUCCUUGGCUUCCCUCCUGACGCGCCUGGCUGGCAGUUCUACCACCCCACCUCGCGCCGUGUUCUGUCCUCCCAGGACGUCACCUUUGACGAGUCGGUUCCCUACUACCGUCUCUUCCCCUACCGCACUGCGUCCCUCCCUCCCCCGCCGCUCUUCCUUACGCCAGGUCCCCCUCCGGUAGACCCCCUUCCCCCUCAGGGUCCUGCUCCCUCAGGUGUGUCCCAGGUAGAUGCAGUCGAGCCUGUCGAGGUAGCUGUUGACUCUGGUGCUGCUGGGGGUGCUGAGCCUGGGGGUGCUGGGUCUGGGGGUGCUGCGACUGGGGGUGCUGCGCCUGGGGGUGCUGAGCCUGGGGGUGCUGAGCCUGGGGGUGCUGAGCCUUGGGGUGCUGUGACUGGGGGUGCUGCGCCUGGGGGUGCUGUGUCUCGGAGUGCGGAGCCUGAGGGUGCUGGACCUGCUCGUGUGGCGUCUGGUGGUGCUGAGCCUGGCGGUUCUUCGGGUGCUUCGUCCCGGCGGGAGCUGCUCUCUCCACAGGAGCUGCGUGAGUGGUUCGCCCGGCGCUGGCGGCGUGCUGCUGGAGCUGGUGGUGCUGCGGACGCUGGAGGUUCUACUGCUGCUGAGGGUGCUGGUGCAGAGGGUCCCAGAGGUGCUCGUACAGGGUGUACUGGAGCUGCUGGGCCUACGGGUGCUCCUCCUACUGGAGCUGGUGGUGCUACUGGUGCUGCUGGCGUUGGUGCUGCUGGUGCUGCUGGCGCUGGUGCUGCUGAGGGUGCUGGAGUUGGUGCUCCUGGAGCUGGGGGCACUCCUGGUGCUGGUGCUCCCGUUGGGGGUGCUGGUGCUGUUCCUGCUGGCACUGGUGGAGCUGCACGGCCACGGCCUCCGAGUCACAGUUACCGCCGGCCUCCCCGCUUCCUUCUCCCUCUCCCUACACUGGUCCUACUGGAGGUCUUGCUGAGCGUCGUGAGCCUGCGUCUCGCCCUGCGUCGCCUGUCCGUGCUGCUCGCACUAGUGGUCGUGGUUCGCGUCAGCGUCCUCCUCCUAUCCGGGACGCACCGGAUGUCUCUGCGUCCUUCCACUGCUCCCCUGCGUGCCCCUUUGCCUUCUCCUCCCGCGUCCUCUCUUCCUGACCUUCCUGACCCUGAGUCGGACUCCCUUCGUGCUGCGCGUCCUACUGUCACGCGUCUCCUUGCUACUGUCGUCACUGACCCUUCCUUUGAGUCUACUGCUGCGUCUGCUCUGGUUGCUGAGCUUGUCGACUUCGCUGCUCGCUGUCGCCUAGACAACGCAACCAGUCUCGUCGCUGAGUCUGAGUCUGUCUGUCCUCCGUCCGUCGGGGGUGAGUGUGCUCUUGGCACGGACGUCCUUGACGACAGGCAGGAGGAGUUCCAGUGCUUGGCUGCUGUUUCACCUCAUCUCGUGUCCAUGCUGCUUGCCCCUGAGGGAGACCCGGAUGCACUUGACAUCCCGACUCCGCGCUCUUACGCGGAGGCGAUAGAGGGUCCCUACUCUUCUCAGUGGCAGGCAGCCAUGGACGCAGAGAUGGCUUCCUGGAAGUCCACAGGCACCUACGUUGACGAGGUUCCCCCGCCUGGGGCGAACAUCGUCAGUGGCAUGUGGAUUUUCAGGGUGAAGCGGCCGCCGGGUUCUCCGCCUGUCUUCAAGGCUCGUUACGUUGCUCGAGGCUUCAGUCAGCGAGAGGGAGUUGACUUCUUCCAGACCUUCUCCCCCACCCCGAAGAUGACCACUCUUCGGGUGCUGCUGCACGUUGCCGCUCAGCGUGACUACGAGCUUCACUCACUGGACUUCAGCACAACCUUCUUACAGGGCAGCCUGCACGAGGAGAUCUGGCUGCGCCGCCCACCUGGCUUCACUGGGUCGUUCCCUCCUGGUACCCAGUGGAGCCUCCGGCAGCCAGUCUACGGUCUCCGCCAGGCGCCUCGUGAGUGGCACGACACACUGAGGACUGCACUCGCGGCACUUGGAUUUGCUCCUUCUACUGCCGACCCGUCGCUGUUUCUACGCACCGACUCUUCCUUGCCGCCGUUCUACAUCCUCGUGUACGUCGACGACUUGGUCUUUGCUACAGCUGACACUGCUGGACUUGCCUACGUGAAGUCCGAGCUGCAGAAGAGACACACGUGCACAGACCUGAGUGAACUGCGCAGCUACCUUGGCUUGCAGAUCACCCGGGACAGAGCACAGCGCACCAUCACCCUGACUCAGUCACACAUGGUGCAGCAGGUCCUUCAGCGCUUCCGCUUCACGUACUCCUCGCCUCAGGCCACUCCUCUGGCUACACGCCACUCGCUCUCAGCUCUGCCUUCGGAUGAGCCCGUAGAGCCGAGUGGCCCGUACCCAGAGCUUGUCGGCUGCCUCAUGUACCUGAUGACUUGCACUCGACCUGACCUUGCAUACCCUCUUAGCAUUCUGGCACGCUUUGUUGCUCCUGGGAGACACAGACCAGAGCACAUGGCUGCAGCGAAGAGGGUGUUGCGCUACUUGUGCAGUACGUCGGGCAUGGGGCUUGUGCUUGGAGGGCAGAGUUCAGUGGUCCUCACUGGUCACGCAGACGCUUCUUGGGCUGACGACCAGGCUACGCAGUGGUCGUCACAGGGUUACACCUUCAGCCUUGGCUCCGGCUCUGUUUCGUGGCGGUCUACCCGCUCGUCUUCUGUUCUCGGCUCCAGUUGUGAGGCUGAGAUCUACGCAGGGGCCAUGGCUGCACAGGAGUUACGCUGGCUCACCUACCUGCUGACUGACCUGGGAGAGCCGCCUCGUUCUCCUCCAGUGCUGUACGUAGACAACAAGGCCAUGCUGGCCUUGUGUCGGGAGCACAGACUGGAGCACAGAACGAAGCACAUCGCUCUCCGCUACUUCCUUGCUCGUGAGCUGCAGCAGCGUGGCCAGCUGCGCCUUGCUUACGUGGCCUCUGAGGCCAACACUGCUGAUAUCUUCACUAAGGCACUCGCGCCUUGUGAUCAUCAGCGCUUCUGCACUCUGUUAGGUCUUGUGCCUACCUUGCCUCACUUGCUUACUUCUUGA